CUCCGCCAUAAAGGAUGGCGUGUGAUUCUUUAAGGUCUCUUUGCUCUCCUCUGUUUCGGUGACGACGCACUCAUCACGCUGCUGCUGAGCCCACUAGAGGAGGGGCGGUUCGGCCUCCAGCCAUGCAGAUCUUUGUGAAGACCCUGACGGGCAAGACUAUCACCCUUGAAGUGGAGUCUUCUGAUACCAUCGACAAUGUGAAGUCAAAAAUUCAGGACAAGGAGGGAAUUCCCCCCGACCAGCAGCGGCUGAUCUUCGCCGGAAAGCAGCUCGAGGAUGGACGCACUCUGGCUGACUACAAUAUCCAGAAGGAGUCAACCCUGCACCUGGUACUCCGCCUGCGAGGUGGAGCGAAGAAGAGGAAGAAAAAAACCUAUACGAAGCCGAAGAAGCUGAAACACAAGAAGAAAAAAGUGAAGCUCGCUGUGUUGCAGUUUUACAAGGUGGAUGACUCCGGGAAGGUGCAGCGGCUGCGUAAGGAGUGCCCUAACCCUGACUGCGGGGCGGGUACGUUCAUGGCGAACCACUUCGACCGACACUACUGUGGGAAGUGUGGUCUGACCUACGUGUACCAGAAGGCCGAGGCUUGAUUGGGCUGAACUAUGUUCUGGAUGAGAGGAAGUGGGCUUGAAGGGUAGUGAGAUAUCAUGUGCAGGUGCUAGUUAGAGGCAGUGUUUACUUCAGUGGCCAAUUACUUAAUAGAUCACAUAUGAAGUAAAUUUUUUUGAGUUUCACGCAGUAAUCUGCUAGGGAUGUGAAUUUCGCAACCAUCGAUGUCAUGGCCUUGCAAUGAUUCCUGUCGUCCACGCUGAUCCUUGCUGGUGAGUGGUUCGUGCUCUGAUAGAGAUAUCGAAGCAUUGUCUGUCGUGUAUCUGGGAGCUGAUAUCAACGGUUUGUGUUGGCGAAUUGCUACGUAAUAUGGUGUAAGUGAAGUUGAUAUGUCAAUUAAAUUCAAUUUCAUUCA